CUUCUUUCUUCAACCAUCUGCUUCUCUUAACAUUCUGUAUCUUUUUUUUUUUUACUAUCUCAAUGAUGAAGUUCUUGAAUCAACUCCUCUGUCUCUCUCUUCUCCUCUCCAUAUCCAUGACUACUCUAUCCUCUGCUCAGACAUGUUCCAAAUACAAAUUCUCCACCAACAAUGUCUUUGCUUCCUGCAACGACCUCCCUUUUCUUGACUCUUUCCUCCACUACACUUACGACUCUUCCACCGGCACCCUCCACAUCGCCUACCGCCACACCAAACUCACCUCAGGCAAAUGGGUCGCUUGGGCCGUGAACCCAACGUCGACAGGAAUGGUGGGAGCUCAAGCCAUCGUGGCUUAUCCACAAUCAGACGGCUCUGUCAGGGUUUACACUUCUCCUAUCAGAAGCUACCAGACGAGUCUACAAGAAGGUGAUUUAAGUUUCAACGUCUCUGGACUGUCUGCUACUUAUGAGAACAACGAGAUGGUUGUGUUGGCGAGUCUGAGUCUUGCAAAGGAGCUAGGGAAGGGUGGAACCAUUAACACUGUGUGGCAAGAUGGUUCAAUGUCUGGGAACAGUCCUUUGCCUCAUCCAACUUCUGGCAACAAUGUUCGCUCUGUGUCAACUCUCAAUGUGGUCUCUGGUGUUUCUGCUGCUGCUGGAGGAGCUGGAGGAAGCUCCAAGCUCCGUAAACGCAACAUACAUGGAAUAUUGAACGCGGUGAGCUGGGGAAUCAUGAUGCCAAUAGGUGCAAUCAUUGCUCGUUACUUGAGAGUUGCUAAAGCAGCACGCCCUGCUUGGUUCUACAUUCACGUUUUCUGCCAAGCUUCUGCUUACGUCAUCGGUGUUGCUGGAUGGGCCACUGGUCUUAAACUUGGUGGUGACUCACCAGGGAUCCAAUAUAGCACCCACCGUUCUAUUGGGAUUGCUCUUUUCUCCCUAGCAACAGUCCAGGUGUUUGCGAUGUUUCUGAGGCCGAAACCAGAGCACAAACACAGGCUAUACUGGAAUAUAUACCACCACUCAAUAGGCUACACGUUGAUCAUUCUUGGGGUGGUGAAUGUGUUUAAAGGGUUAGACAUAUUGAAUCCUAAGAAGCAGUGGAAGAAUGCUUACACUGGUAUCAUCGUUGCUCUCGCCAUUGUGGCUGUUCUGCUUGAAGCCUUCACUUGGUAUGUGGUUAUUAAGAGAAGGAAGCAAGAGGAAUCUGCUAAGUCAGCCCCACAUGGAGCAUCCAAUGGCAAUCGGUCUCAGUAUGCUUAAGACUACUAGCACUAGAGUUGUUUCCUUUUUUCUCUGUGCAUAGAGAGUGUUUGUUUUAUGGUUUUAUCUGCUUAUCUAUCCAUUUUCAGUAGGUUAAUUUCGAGUUCCCAUAUACAUUUAUGAUUUUAUUGAGAAGUGGGGCUUUUUGCCUCUUUUUUCCCUUCUGAACGUAGACAAAUAAUGAUGCC